AUGCAGAGCGCGGCCCCCCCGGCGCUGCACCUCCUCACCUCCUACUUCAUCGACAGCAUCCUGGGCCGGGGCCCGGCGGCGGGGCGGCACGGCGAGGAGCGCGCGGCGCCCCCGCGGCCCGGCCGGGCGCGCGUCCCCGCGGGGGAACCGGCGGCGCGCGACGAGGCGGCGGGCCCGGUGAGGAGGAAGCAGCGGCGGUACCGAACCACCUUCAGCGCCUUCCAGCUGGAGGAGCUGGAGCGCGCCUUCCGCAAGUCCCACUACCCCGACGUGUUCACCAGGGAGGAGCUGGCCGUGCGCCUGGACCUGGCCGAAGCCCGUGUGCAGGUCUGGUUCCAAAACAGAAGGGCAAAGUGGAGGAAACGUGAAAAAAAUGAAAUUCUGGGGACUGUUCCAGGAAUCUCCUUAACGCACCCACUUGGUCUACUUUUGGAUGUUCCACUGAAUCAUUCUCCCCUCCUAGAUCACACGUGGAGGUCAAUGCCUCUUUCAACACUGGCUGUGCCAUCCAUGUCUCCAGCCUUUAGUCCUUCAACCUUAGGGUCAUUUGGCCUCAACAGCCUUACCUGGACUUCUCUCUUCAGAAAUCCUAUUUUAAAUCCACAUUUUGGAAGGUUUCUCAAUGCUUUAAAUCCUCUCAUGACAACAGCUUCAGUACUAAUGAAAGCUCCUGGACCCCCUUCAGACCCUGCUCUUACUGCCUUCACUGAUCCAGCAGCAGUUGAAAGGAAAACGUCAAGCAUUGCAGCACUAAGACUCAAAGCGAAAGAACAUUCAGCACAAAUCCCUCAAUUAAACCUCAUCUCCAGUCUUGCAAACACUAACAAAGAACUUUGUUAG